UUAAUUUCUCUGAAACUCUCUUCUCUAAAGUAAACAUAUUCCCCUUCCUUGUCCUGCAAGUCAUCCCUUUUAAGUCUCUCACACCUUUCAUGGACUUCACAUUCAAUAUUUGUGUGCUGAAAACUUGAAAAGAAAAUUCUCUCCUUUUGCAAAAGAGCCAUAUGGGUUCUCAAAGAAAUGAGGCUUCUGGGUUUUUGCCUGCAGCCAUGGUUGAUUCACAUGAGAGAGAUGCAACUGUGAUAUGGGAAGCUCUUGAACAAGAUGAUGUGAAUUUUAAAGCCAUUGUUGAGACUUUUGUGGGCAGGAAAUCAAGUCAUAUUGUCCUCAUCAAACAAGCUUAUCAGAAAUUAUAUAAAAGGCAACUCGACCAGGACAUUGUCAGAAUUGAACCACCCCACCCCUACCAAAAGAUUCUUGUGGCUCUGGCAACAUCACACAAGGCUCACCAUGCGGAUGUUAGUCAGCAUAUAGCAAAGUGUGAUGCAAAGAGGCUUUAUGAAACAGGGGAGGGUAGUUCAGGAGCCAUUGAAGAAGCUGUUGUUCUUGAGAUUUUCAGUAAAAGGAGCAUCCCUCAAAUGAAACUCACAUUUUCUUGCUACAAAAACAUCUAUGGGCAUGCCUACACAAAGUCUCUUGAGAGGGGAAAUUCCACCAAAUUUGAAGACUCAUUGAAGAUGGUUGUGAAAUGCAUUCUAAACCCUCCCAACUAUUAUGCGAAGAGAUUGUAUGCAAGCAUUAAGGGGACAACAUGUGAUAAGGGAGCCUUGGGGCAUGUGAUUGUGAGCAGAGCUGAGAUAGACAUGGAUGAAAUUCAAAGGAUUUUCAAGAAGAAAUAUGGGAUGGAACUAAAAGAUGCAAUAUGUGAAAGCAUUCCACCUGGGGAUUACAGAGACUUUCUUGUUGCUUUAGCCACAAAAACUUCUGUUUCAUAAUUGCCUUGAAACUACAACAAUAUGUUGGUUGUAGCAUACUUAGCUGGCUAAUUAACUUAGCUAUAUUUCUUAGUUUUUUGUACUUCAAUGUCAAUUUUAAUGUGGCUUUUUGAUAAUUUAAACAAAAGAGGUCUGGAAUGGUUAUUG